AUGUGCGGGAUGGGAGAGGAGAGGUUGCCGAGAAUUGUAUGGGAGGCGAAGUGGGCAAACAAAAAGAGGGGUAUCCAACCCACGGAAUGGGUCAAGGUUGCAGAGGACGUAUGGAAGGGGCUCGACAUCGACGAAGAUGAAACGCUGGAAACGGAAGGUCUACAGGGGUUCAAGAAAGAAUCCAAGGAUAAGGAGGGUCUGGAAGUGUACGGAAUGUUGAAGGAAGGAAUAGGGUUCAAUGACUACCUACAUGGACCAAUGGAUGCAGGAACAAAGCUCAAGGUCAAAUUCAGGACCGGGGACAUAGGCCUUCGAGAACGUCGACGAAGACAUAGGACGGUAGACGACGAAGACGACGAGUUCAAAUGUGAUUGCGGCUUCAAAUGCGAAGACCGUGUUCAUGUAGUCGCGGAAUGUCCGUUGUACAAGAAGGAGAGGGACGUGUACGUGACUGAGCUGGGAAAAAUAGAUGGGACGUACAGGGAGAUGAUUGAGGCAUGGAAUAGAGAGGAAAGGACGGUAGCUGUAGUGGGGCAUAAAAGGUGGGAUGAAAAGGCGGGAGGGGAUAUCGUUAGGACAGACAGACUACGGAAGACAUUUUUGAGCCACCUUUGGCAAAGUAGAAAGGAACGAUUGGCCAUCGGUGAUCGGUCCUGUGGGAACA